AUGCCGCCAUAUGUAUCGCGCAAGCGAGCGCGCUCUUCGUCGCCUGUCCCAUCGUCACCGUCGAAGGGCAGGAACGUGAAGGCUACGGCGAAACGGGUAAAGACGACGCUUUUCGAAACAAUCGACGCUACCCCGAAACGAACAAGGACGGCCGAUGAGAACAAGAAGCUUCUUGAAAAGCUCAACGAAGACGACGACGAGUCUUUGAGCGAAGCCGACACCGACGACUUCGAAGAUGUAGAUGUCCCGCUGGCGAAGAAGCGCAAGGUUGCGCAGAGCAACGACCAUGAUGUUCCCUCUGAGGUGGACGAUGAGAUGGAUUGGGAGGACGCCAUCGCAAAUGGUGCCCCAUCAGCUCAAUCGACCUCUCAUGCUGCGAAUGACAGUAUUGAGCAUGAUAUAGAGGACGUCUCCUUCUCCGUCAAGGAGGAUGGCGGGAUAGCAGAUGAAGGCAUUCGCGUGCCAGGUCUUGGUAAGAAAGGUCCAUCGAAGCGCGAGAAACAUGUUAGGAUCCAAUCGCACUGUCUGCACGUCCAAGCUUUGAUGUGGCACAAUACUGUUCGUAAUGGUUGGCUGAACGACAAGCCUGUCCAGAAGACGCUCGUAGAAGGACUGACCGAGGGUGUAAAGCGCGAAGUCACGCGGUGGAGGGAGUCGAUGGGUACGCUCAGCCAUGAGCAGCUAGAAGCGAAGAAGCAAGCAAGAAGUGCCAAUGGCAAAGGCAAGCGGGGCCGGAGGUUGAAGGGUAAAGAUGGAGGGCGUGAGUGGACGCACGGCGCUCAGCACCUAGAGCAAGGCGUGCCGAACCUUAGCGCAGGCGACCCCCUGCUGAGGCUGCUGAAGGUGCUGGCAGCAUACUGGCGUAAGCGCUUCACGAUUACUGCGCCUGGUUUACGGAAGCAAGGCUACAUGCCCGUCAAGCGUCUCCGAGACGAGAUCAAGGACUGGGAGAAGAAUAGAGGCGACAUGGAGCACCACGGCGAGCGCAUUGAAAACAUCGAGCAUUUCCGCAAGCUCGCGAAAGAGUGCGAAGGAUCUCGAGAUGUGGGAGCACAGUUGUUCACGGCAUUGCUUAGAGGCCUUGGCAUAGAGGCACGAAUGGUGGUGAACCUGCAGCCAAUUGGCUUUGGUUUCAGCAAAGCGGAAGAGGCUGAGCCUAAGAAGUCGAAGAAGGCUGCGAAGGUCGAGUCUGAAACGGAUGAGGUUGUUGAUACCAAGCAGAGCAAGAAGGCUGCUGGGAGGAAAGCUAGGACCGCUUUGCAAGAAGAGAGGCCUAGCCGCAAGUCAGCUCGUGGUAACAAGAAUCAGCCCAUUGACUUGGACAACUCGGACAGUCCUCUCAGCGAGGUGCCAGCGGACGUAGAGAUCAUCGAGGACGACGAUGACUUAUCAAUCAUCGACGUCACGCCCUCGACUCCGAAGAAGAAGCCGAACAAGAAGUACGAUCGCGACCUCGCGUUUCCGAAUUACUGGGUCGAAGCCUGCUCGCCGAUCUUACACAAGUACAUCCCAGUGGAUCCUGUCGUGCUGUCAACGAUCGCGAGCAACGAAGAGCUUCUGCAAUUAUUCGAACCGCGUGGUAAGAAGGCCGAGCAGGCGAAGCAGGUCAUGUGCUAUACCAUCGCCUUCUCCGCCGACGGUACGGCUAAGGAUGUUACUGUGCGGUAUUUACGCAAGCAUCAGCUACCCGGGAAGACAAAAGGCACACGUAUGCCGGCCGAAAAGGUGCCAAUCCACAACCGCAAGGGUAAGGUCAAGCGAUACGAGGAGUAUGACUGCUUCCGUACCGUGAUGUCGAUAUACGACCGGCCUGAGAGCAAGCGCACCCUGGCCGACAAGCUCGAGGAUCAGAACGAUCUCAAGCCUGCCAAGCCGGAGAAGCAGGAGAAGGAAGUCGAGAAGGAGAGUCUGCAGUGGUACAAGCAGUCUGCGGAGUAUGUGCUGGAACAGCAUUUGCGUCGCGAAGAAGCCAUCAUUCCUGGCUCCGAGACGGUGAGGACGUUCACUGCUGGCAAAGGCGACAAAGCUAAAGAGCAUCCUGUCUACCGCCGUGCGGACGUGGUGACAUGCAAGACUGUUGAAUCUUGGCACAAAGAAGGUCGUGCCAUCAAGAUGGGUGAGCAGCCGAUGAAGCUCGUGCCGAUGCGAGCGGUGACUCUGAUCCGUAAGCGUGAGAUGGAAGACGCGGAGCGAGAGACAGGAGAGAAGCUCAAGCAAGGUCUCUACAGCAUCGACCAAACGGACUGGAUCAUCCCGCCACCCAUCGAGAACGGCGUCAUCCCGAAAAACGCAUUCGGCAACAUGGACGUCUACGUACCUACUAUGGUCCCAGCAGGCGCCGUACACCUUCCGCUUAAAGGCACGGCGAAGCUCUGCCGCAAGCUCGAAAUCGACUACGCGGAGGCGUGCACAGGUUUUGAGUUCGGCAAACAGCGAGCUGUCCCUGUCUUGACUGGCGUGGUGGUGGCGGAGGAGCAUGAGUUGCUGGUCAGAGAUGCAUGGAGGGCUGAGCAGAAGGAAGCAAAGCGGAAGGAGGAUACGAAGAGGACGGCUGCGGCGCUGCAGUGGUGGCGGAAGAUGCUGUUGGGGCUGAGGGUGCUUGACCGCAUGAGGGUGGAGUAUGCGGAUGCUGGUGGUACUGAAGAGGAGCUGAAUCCUUUUGUGCGAAAGGCGAAGCGAGAGGGCAGGGCUGUUGCUAUGAAGGCGCCACAGGCAAGUGCAGAAGCGGAUGCAGAGGGCGGGGGUAUCUUCUUGCCUGGUCAUGAUGAGGAAGAG